AUGAUGCUGCCCCCUCGUGGUGGGGUCUUCUGCCGAGGGAAUGGCUGCCCAUACAGUGAAGUAGGAGUCGUUGGCGGACAGCAGAUCAUGGGCCACACGCAGACAGAGCAGGGGGUGGAGGAGCAGGCAAAGGCAGCCUUGGCCAUCGGCAUGGAUGCACUCCUUGCUAGAAAGGAGUUCUGCCGAGGCAUGAGCUGUGUGGAUGGAAUGGGCAAGCCCCUGGACCGAACGAAGGCAGCCUUUGCUGCACAAUGCAGCCACUUCUUCAAGGGCGGUCUGGAAGGCCACGACGACUACCGGACCGUCAAACAGGUUUACGACAGCUUUGGGAGCAUCUGCGGGCCAAGGGUGGGAAAUGCAGAAAUGCCGCUAUGCCGCGCAUAUGGCGACGUUUUCGCAGCUGCCCUGGCGCCACAACUCGAUGCCGUCACUGUGGGCAGCGCGGAGGCGAUUUGCAACAGCAUGUUCGACUUCCUCCAGGAGAUGAAGCAGGCGCAAGUCGACUUGCAGCUCUUCGAGGGCUCCUUGGACCAUCUGGAUGUUGCCGGCCCCGAUUCCGCGCGCGGAAAGAGGUGGGCGAAGUUUGUUGAGAUGAGCACGCCGAAGCCACUCAACGAGACGCACGGCAACCUGCUUGCUGGACUCCAGGUCCGGGCCGACGAUAAGGACAAGUACGAAAUCACCAUGUCAUCAUGGGAUGGGGCUUUGAAGGCCAUGCGAGUCCCCAGCCUCCUCUUCGAUCACUGUGAAACGGAGAUGAAGGAAAUCUUGCUUGAUGCGCCAGGGCCGCGGAUGAUCUCAGUGGUAGGAUUGUCAUGA